AUGACGACAAAGCCCACAGCGUGGUACACGGCACUCGCGUCAUAUGUGCCCGAUGCCGCGGCAUCCGAGGCAGAGCGGAGCUCUGCCAGGGACGUGGACGACCGCAACAUCUUCCGCUGCUCGCAGCUGGUGGGGAAAGUCCUCAGCGCUGACGCCCACCUUCAGCUUAAUAGUGACAGAACGGUUAACCUGAUACCACGGCCCAAGUGGGUCGCUGAAGCGGCUCGUGAAAAGCCCGACAUUCCGCUUCCGCUCACCUCGGUGGCUGAAGAGGAUGUCACUCCACGGCGGCUCCAUGCAGUGACUGCGGCGCCGUUUCUCCGCGGCGACUACCGCGAGCGAAGGCGCGCGACGACGCUGACGCGCGCACGGCGGGGGCGCCACGCAGGCGCGGCGGCGUGCUGCGCGACGGCGGCGGCGCUGGCCCUCUGGAUCCUCUGGCUGGGCCGCAGGGGCGGCUCGGGGCACGCGCGCCAGCUGCGGUCGCUGGAGCUGAGCCACUCGGUGGUGACGAGCAGCGGCAGCUUGCGCGGGCUGUGGGUGGACGACGGCAGCAACGGCAGCGCGCUAGCCUUCUACGGCGUGCCCUACGCCGAGCCCCCUCUCGGAGCCGCCCGAUUCCAGAGGCCCACGCCCGUGCGACCGUGGACCGGGGAGCUCAGGGCCACGUACAAGGCGCCACCCUGUCCACCACAAUGGCUGCGCGCCGCAGAGCGUCCGCAAGGCAAGCUGGAACCAGACUGGACCGAGGACUGCCUACACGUCAACAUAUGGACUCCGGGACUGAGCCCGGCCAAGCUGAGGCCAGUGGUGGUACUCUUGCACGGCGGACACUUCACCCACGGCUCCAACAGGCUGCGGCAGUACGACGGGGCCAGGAUGGCCACACGCUGCGACUGCGUCGUCGCUGUACCGAACUACAGACUGGGGGUGUUCGGCUUCCUGUUCGGCAACGUGUCCAGCUUCCCCGGCAACCAGGGUCUCUGGGACCAGCACCUGGCCCUGCAGUGGCUCAAGCGAAAUGCGGCCGCCUUCGGUGGGGACCCGCGCAGCCUCGUCCUCUGGGGCGUCGACGCGGGCGCCAUCAGCGCCGGCCUGCACAUCCUCUCCCCGCUCGGUGGCGUCUCGCUCUUCUCCAGAGCCGUGCUGCAGGGCGGGUCCCCGCUGUCCUGCCUGGGGGAGUGCGCGGACGCCGAGAACGUGCGGCUCAGUGUGGCCAAGCUGUGCGCGUCACCUGACGAGGCCGAAGACGAGCGUCGCGCCUUGGCCUGCCUCCAGGCGGCGCUCGCAGCGGCACUGGUGGCACUGCCCGUGGAUGACUAUUUCGCGCAGACUUUGAGUCCGUUCCUGCCCGCGUACGGUGAUCCGCUGGUGCCCGUUGACCCCAAGGUGCUGGCGUACCAAAGGCGGCCCCUUGUGGUCUCUGGUGGCGCAGCGGGCCGCCAGGUUGGCGCGCCGCUGUCUGUCCUGGUAGGCUUCGCUCGGGGCGAGGGUCAGCACUUCCUCGCGCGCUUCUUGGACGCCUCGACGAACGGCACGUGGGCGCACUUCACGCCCGACCAACACCGCAGCACCGCCUCCGCCCUGUUCACGUUCACCUUCGGCGAGGAGAUCUUGGAAGCCGAGAGCCUGCACACAGACCUCGAGUCGCUGAACGACCCGCAGCGCGUGUUCCGCCACUACGGGGCGCUGCUGGACGACGCGCUCUACGUGUGUCCCGCGCUGGCGUUCGCCGAGUACCUGUCGGACGCUGCCCUGGUACACGUGUACGAGUUCGCGCUGGUGGACCACGAGAACGGCACGCCGCCGCAGGCGCCGCAGCACAGUGACGACUUCGACGCUGCCUUCCAUUACGGCGCCGAUGACUACCUCGAGCCUCAGGGUGCGGGAGCCUUCGCGGACGCCGUAAUUGCCUUCAUCAGCGCAGGGUAG